AUGGUUGACAUCAUCAAGUUCAAGGAGAAGGAGGCGUACCGCGCCAUGUACGCCGAGAACCAAGCGCGCGUGGGUCUUUCCCCCGUGGCGGCCCACUUCCGAGACCGGUUCAAGCACGUGGGCCUCAUCAUGCAGAUGCACAAGCAGAACCAGCAAGUGCCGCAGGACGGCAUCAGUGGCCACUUCCAGAAGCUCCACGCGGAUCUCUACUCGGCCAACAGCAAGAACCGACCGACUAGCAGGUCGAUCGAAGCCGAUGAAGAGGAUUACGACUCGGACUACGACUCCAUGGACGACUACGACGACCCCGACAGCGCCCUCAAUACCCCCAUGACACCACCUGAACCUCUUCAAGUCACGAUCGAACCCCACUCCGGUAGAAAACAGAGCGACGAAGGUGUAUCGACCCCGCACGUGGAGCGGAUCUUCCCUACGCCCGAGGAGCUGGAACAAUUGACACCCGUGGACACCAAGGCAGCGCUGACCCUGUACGUGCAGAACCGAACUGCGAUGGGGGAGAUGCUGGACGGAUACGCGGAGCUGGUGGACACGCAGAUGGUCCCGACGCUCAAGAACUCGCUCAGUACGCGCAACCGCGGGGCGAUAGUGGAGGCGCUGGACUUCGUGGCUCGAGCGUCCGAGUUCGUCUGCGCGCGUCGUGUUCAGGUGUUCGUGGCCAAGUUGCUGCACGCCGUGUCCGAAAGCGACGUCGGGGACUUCACCAGUUUCCAGAAGGAGUUUGACGAGCUGGUGAUUGAACUGCAGGGCGCAGUCAACUUCAUCCGCUUCUUCCUGCAGACUAGAGCGGCUCGACGGAAGAACAAGGAGACUAAACGCAUGGAAAUACGAUAA